UCCAACUGCUCUAGGACAAGACAUCACACGCGUUUCCGUCUCAUGCCAUAGCCUUCACCCUACGUCCCCUUCUUCUGUCCCAGUUUCCCCAUAGCCAAUAACCCCAAAGUUCAAUCCAAAAACUCCUUUUCUUUCAACACCCAAAACUUUUCAUCGCUUUCCUUCUCACUUUUCUUUGUGUCUCUUUCAAAAGCCAGAAAUGGAGAGACUGAAUCUUUCAACUAGUCUUUCCCUAUUUCUCCUUCAACUUCUCCUUAUCACAGUUUAUCUCUUCUCCAUGUCUUCCAGUCUCAAGAUCGGAGAAACAUGUUCUUCUUCUUCUUCUUCUAACAGUGCAUGUGACUCCGGAUUAUCAUGUCAAACUUGCUCCGUCAACGGCAAUACCCGACCCAGAUGCACACGGAUUCAACCACUCAGCCCUACAUCGAAGGUAAAAGGUUUGCCAUUUAACAAAUAUUCUUGGCUGACAACUCAUAACUCUUUUGCCCUCAAAGGGGCGAUACCGGCUAUUGGACCGGCUAUUAUUGCUCCCGCUAACCAGGAAGACUCCAUCACCAAUCAACUUAAAAAUGGGGUUCGUGGACUUAUGCUGGAUAUGUAUGACUUCAAUGGUGACAUAUGGUUAUGUCACUCCUUUGGUGGCCAAUGCUACAAUGUCACAGCAUUUCAACCUGCCAUUAAUGUGCUCAAAGAGAUACAAGCGUUUCUAGAAGCAAAUCCAUCAGAGAUUAUCACCAUAUUUAUUGAGGAUUAUGUGGCAUCCCCACAAGGCUUAACAAAGGUCUUCAAUGCAGCUGGUUUGAAAAAAUACUGGUUUCCAGUUGCAAAGAUGCCCAAGAAUGGUGAAGAUUGGCCGACAGUAGAUGAUAUGGUCAAGCAGAAUGAGCGACUGGUAGUCUUCACCUCCAAAUCAGCUAAGGAGGCUUCUGAGGGGAUUGCUUAUGAGUGGAGAUAUGUGGUAGAAAACGAGUAUGGGAAUGAUGGGAUGAAAGCUGGUUCCUGUCCAAACCGUGCUGAAUCAUCUCCUAUGAAUACAAAAACAAGAUCACUGGUUCUUGAGAACUACUUUCCUACUAACCCGAACCAGACGACAGCUUGCUCGGAAAAUUCGGCUCCCCUAGUUAGUAUGUUGAACACCUGUCAUAAAGCAGCUGGAAAUAGAUGGCCAAACUUCAUUGCUGUUGAUUUUUACCAGAGGAGCGAUGGUGGAGGAGCCCCAGAAGCUGUAGAUAUAGCAAAUGGUCAUCUCACUUGUGGUUGUGACAAUUUAGCCUAUUGCAAGGUCAAUGCUACCUUUGGCAGCUGUGACGUCCCUAAAUUAUCACCUCCCCCACCUGCUGCUGCUACUCAAACGACCACAGAGAAUCCUUCACUAUCUAACUCCAGCUUUGCUAAUAUGGAUGUUAGACCAGUCCAACUGCAGUGGAUGCUGGCCACAGUUUUGACCAUAAGUCUCUUGUUUCGGUUAUGAUAACCCCCAGUUUGCCUGUUUAAAUUUCCUUUUUCAUUUUUAAGAUUUGAGUCAUACGGUAGUGUUCUUACAGAGGAGUUGUUCAUCAGUUUCUUGUUUAGGUUCUUGUGGUUAAUUUGCAAGAGCAUUUCUUCAGGCAGCUGUGCUGUUUCAGUUUUCAUUUGUUAGAUAGUGCAUUCAUAUACUGCUCUAAUUUAAUUUGACUCUCUCUCUCUC